CAGAGUAUGAUCAGCCAACAAGCACUAAAAUCGCCAGUCAGAACCUUGUGAUUAUUAUAUCAUUUUCAAAGUAUUCCGUCAGGAAUCUACGUUGAACAUGUUUUCUAGUAGAUCUUCUGCAUUUGAUCGAGCUUUAGAAAAAGCUACCAGCCAACUAUUGCUCGAACCUGAUUGGGAUGCUAUUCUGACCAUCUGUGAUGCAAUUCGUCAAGGAGAUGCUACGCCCAAGUAUGCUUUGGCUGCUAUAAAGAAGAAGUUGGCAAGUGAGAACCCUCAUGUGUGCAUGUUUGCACUUCAGGUUCUGGAAUCUGCCGUGAAAAAUUGUGGGUCGACUAUCCACGGAGAGGUUGGCAGCAAGGAGUUUAUGGAAUUCUUGAAAGACCAGGCAAAGACAAGAACUGAUCCAGUGAAACCCAAGAUCCUUGAACUGAUUCAGGUGUGGUCACACGCGUUCAGAAACGACCCUAGUCUCCGAGCUGUCCAGGAUACAUUCCACCUCAUGAAGGUCGAAGGGUAUUCUUUCCCGGCUCUGAAAGAGUCUGAUGCCAUGUUUUCUGCUGAGAGAGCACCAGAAUGGAAAGAUGGUGAAGUCUGCCACAGAUGUCGGGUGGCAUUUGGAAUGGUCCAGCGCAAGCACCAUUGUCGCAAUUGUGGAGAGAUUUUCUGCGCUAAGUGUUCUGCCAAGACGUCUAUCAUACCCAAAUAUGGUAUCGAGAAAGAAGUGCGUGUUUGUGAUGGCUGUUAUGGACUUCUAAACAAGCCAUCAUCUGCUGUGAAAGGGAAACCAUCUGAAGAUGACCUGCCUUCAGAGUACCUGUCAAGCAGUCUGUCUCAGCAGGCUCAGAGCCCUGCACCCACCCAGCGAUCGACAAAAGAACAAGAGCUUCAAGAGGAAGAGGAACUGCAGUUGGCUAUUGCUUUGUCACAGAGCGAAGCUGAGAGCAAGGAAAAAGAGUCUAGCAAGUCUGACCGAAAUAGAGAUCGAAUGCGUCAGAACUACAGCCUGUACACUGGAUCGCCAGAGAGAAAUACCUCACCAGCACCCCUCACAAAUUCAGGUUCUGCGCCGAUGUUGGACACGAGUGACAUGGACCCAGAGCUAGCCAGGUAUCUGAACAGGAAUUACUGGGACAAGAAGAGUAAUGAGCAGAGCAGGAACACUGCCACCACAAGCCCCACUCCGAGCGCCCCGACAGCUUCAUCAGAACCCAAGGUCGUCAACAAAGUACAGGAGAACUACCAAAACGGAGAGACAAGUGAAGAUUCGGAGCAGUUUCUUGCGGCCCUGAAGGGUAGCAUUGAGAUCUUUGUCAAUCGUAUGAAGAGCAACUCGCAAAGAGGCCGUAGCCUCAACAAUGAUUCAUCGGUGCAGACGCUGUUCCGCACGAUCAACGACAUGCAUCCACAACUCAUGAAGUACAUGAAUGAACAGGAGGAAUUGAGAGGUCAUUAUGAGAGUCUACAAGAUAAAUUAGCGCAGCUCAAGGAUGCACGGGAAGCUCUGAAUGCCCUGAGGGAAGAUUACCAGGAGAAGAAACGGUUGGAGGAAGAGGCGAAAGAAAGAGAGAGGCAGAUUCAGAUGGCGCAGAAACUCGAGGUCAUGAGAGUCAAGAAACAUGAGUACCUUGAGUUCCAACGUCAGCUGGCCAUCCAGCGCAUGGCCGAGCAGAAGCAUGAACUGCAGAUGCGACUGGAGCAACAGAAGCAACUGACUCAGAUGAGGCAGAUGCAGCAAUAUGUCUACGCCAAUCCACAGCAACAGCAGUUCAUCCACCCUGGGCAAGGAUUUAGCCCUGCAGGCUCCCUUGAGAGUUCUCCAGUACAUCGAUUCCAGCAACAGCAACAGCCUGGGAUGUAUAACCCACAGCAACCCAUGAGUAUGCCUGUUGGACAGAUGGGAAUGGGUGUUCAGCCACCAGGUGGAGCUGCCCCAACAACCGGGUACAGCCAGCAAAAUUACCAACAGCCAACUGGUCAGACUGCGAGCACGACAACGACAUACCAAACACCACCCCCAGGUGGAUAUCAGCCGCCUGUUUCCACGUACCAGGGAGUGCAGGGGCCCUACCCGGCUAGCUCGCAGCCUUCGAUGCAGCAGCCCCCUAGUGGUGUCCAGUCUGGGUAUAUGGGGCAACAACAGCAUAUGGACUACCAAAACUUCAACAUGCAGAAUAUGGGGAAUGCAUUACCACAGCAACAGCCCCUACCCCAACAAACAGGACCAGGCGGGCCGUACAACCAACAACCCCAAUAUAUGCCCCAACAGGGUGGCGUGCCAGGGCAGUAUGUACAAGGGGGAAUCCCUGGUCAGUCCCUGCCACAAGAUGGUGGCCAUCCUCAGCAACAACUGGUGCAAUCAGGGUCUGAACAACUAAUCUGUUUUGAUUAGUAUAUACUCGCAUAAUUCGUGUCUUCGCUGAUUGUUUAAAUUGUAUGUGUGUAUAUAUAUGUUGUAAGUUUGUGAUCAUGUGUUGACCACUGUUCUAAUUGAUAAGUAAAAGUAAACCAUUUUCUGAUUGAUACCUAAAAUCUAUAAUGAAAAUGAGGUCAAAUUGGCUAGCGUGACUUACAUGUACUGUUAAAGAACUGGUCAUCUACUGUUCUGUACUUGUAUAUGAUGGUACGGAAGGCACAUAAUAUUGUGGACAAAGAUAUAUAUUGACCAUCACUGAUUAAUGUAACUGUAGUGUCAUCCAUAAUCAUCUUUACCACUAAGCUUAGGGAGAACAAAAUGUUGCCAAAAGUUUGUUUUCGUUUGUUCGGGGUUGAGGGUGUCAGAGGUAUGUUGUUUUUGGUAUCAAAUGCCACUUGUGAGCAACAUAUUCGUCAGUCGUUAAUGAAUUUGUCCAGAAAUAGGUUUUUGACUUGAGGUGUAUUAUAAUGUAUUUGAUAGACAUAAGGCAUGAAUGACAUAAAAUUGUUUCUGCUUCAAACUCCCCCACUGUGGACAAGUGUGGCAUAGGUAUUCAUUGUUAUGCAGACAGGAAGAACAGUUGAAUGCCCACAUUCUGUGUUAUUUCGGUCUGACAAGUGCACAUUUUAAUGCCACUGGAGUAUAGCUGAUAUGAUACUAAAAAAUGCCUGUGUGGUGUUGACCUACCCCGCAUUACAAACGAAUGCUCACUAGUCUCUUCUGGCAUGUAUAACACAAUAUGCUUGUUCACAGUGUACCCACUUCAAUAUAAGGGUGGAUAUGUACUGUACCUGUAUUUCAGUAUUGUUAAAUUAGUCGCAAAAUCUUUGUCUAAUAAACUGGCAUUACCUGAUACAAUUAAUUCACUCAACUAUUUGUAUAUCAUGUAGUGUUCAGUCGAAUCAGGAUGUGAGCUAGGCGGUAUCGUCCUUUGCACUAACUUUGCAUACAUGUAGAUGGUGUACUUACAACUGCUUUUGCUCAUUGGAUGCCAAACCAGUGGUCGUUCUCCAAACGCCAGAAUACUAUCUGCAACUUUUCUGUUAUUUAUUUAAGCUUCAUCGAGUAUGUGAUAACAUGACUGUAUAAAUCAAUUAACUGCAUGUGCAGAAUGUAUGCCUGUCAAUAAAGUAGCUUAUCAAUGGACUCUAA